AGCGGCGGGCGGGCGCGGUCUCCAGGCGCCCUUCCCUGCGGCCGGGCGCGCUGCCUCUCCCCCCGCGGCUGGCGCGGAAUGUGCUGAUCCGGCCCGGGGCGGGGGAUGACUUCAUGCGGCCGGACUCGGCGGCGGGAGCGGCCGUCGCAGCUGGCAGGUGGGGCGGAGGCCGGCGCGGGCUGACCACACUCUCACGGCCCGGCGCGAAGGGACUGCGGCCCGGGGCGGCGGGCGCCCGCGACAUGCGCUGACUCGGUCCGGGGAAGUUUCCUGGGAAGGACUGGUUUCCCCCCCAAAAAGUGAUUUCUGAUCGAAACCUACAGGUGAUCUUCAAGAAAAAAGAAUCCAGUAAAGUCAAUGAAUUAAGAACAAGGUUUUCAAUCAGUCCCUGCUAUGUGGAUAUUUGUUAGCAAUGACUGAUGUGGAAACUACAUAUGCAGAUUUUAUUGCUUCAGGAAGAACAGGUAGAAGAAAUGCAAUACAUGAUAUCCUGGUUUCCUCUGCAAGUGGCAACAGCAAUGAAUUAGCCUUGAAAUUAGCAGGUCUUGAUAUCAACAAGACAGAAGGCGAAGAAGAUGCCCAACGAAGUACGACAGAACAAAGUGGGGAAGCCCAGGGAGAAGCAGCAAAAUCUGAAAGCUAACACCCCACUUUGACCUUCAACAAUACCUGCUGAUGUCUCAAAUCUCCAGGAGUGUCUGGAAUGCAUUUGUUUCCAUGAGUGAAAAGGGGGGAAAGAAAAUGGCUGUGCUGCAUUGCAGGAACCUGCUCAUUAUCAUGUUAAAAAUGAGGGCAGAGGCUGUGGCUGCAGACAGACUUUUCUCUACCUCUGUCAUUAGCAAUGGUUGAAAUCAUGUGGCUUGUGUUUGGGCAUCAUUUUUGUAUGGAUCCUUUCACUUGACCAUAUGAUGAAAUGCUUGUAGAGAGUAGCACUGACCUAGAUGAUGAUUCUUCCUGUAGUAUCUGGCCCCUCACAAUGUCAGAGGAUUUAAUUGUGUUUAAUUGCGAAGGGUUGGUUGAACCCAGAGUUUAAAUAUCUCUGGCUCAAGUGUUCACCCAGUAAAAGAACCAUCCAGAAAGCACUGUUUUUAGCAUUAUGUAUCCGUGUGUUUCUGCUGUGUUAUUUACACUGUUUUGUAUUGUACAAUAUAGAUGCUCAGCACUGCCCCUUCUCUGAUUGCUAUGAAAAACAAAAAUGUUGUACAUUACUGUGAAUUUUUAUACCACUCAUUUUUAAAAGGGCUGUUUUGUUUUGUUUUUAAUUUUCCAUAAUGUGAUGGUAUAUGCAGGAUAGAACACACUUUUUAAAAACAUAAUCUUUUCCCUUGAUCACUGUAUGUUGAUGAAUUUAUUGAGGCUAACAGAUUAAUCAAGACUUCUUCACUUUAUUACACCUGCAUUUGAAAACAUCCAUUAAUGUGAAUAUUACCUGAAUUCAGUCAGUUUGGUGUCUACACAGACUGGAAUUCAAUCUGUUAAUUUUGUUUUACACCUAAAUGGAGAUCUUCUCCCAACUAACAUUUUUAUUUUUAAUCAUGGUAAUUUUGGAGAUUUGGAAAGGUAGAAAAGAAAAACCAAGAUAAUACUAAAAGCUGAAAAUAUUUGUUCUAUGGAAUCAGAUUUCUCAAAAUGUUGUAUGCUACUAUUUAAAUUUUGGAGGAUUUACUUAUUUCCACCAGGCUGAAAAGAUGGGGAAAGUAACCUUACUGCAAUCAGGUGGACACCAACCACAGAAGUAAAGUCUUUGUGUUGUGUUUUUCAUGUAUUUUUUCAGCCCUAUCAAAUCCAGAUGUUAUUAUGCACUUUGUAAUGUUUGUAAACUUUUACUAAUAAUUAGUGUGAAUUGCAUUCUGGUACAAUAAUUUUCAUCAUUGGAAGCUAACACAAUUCUCAUUAAUACUGUGUUUGAUGACCUUUGCUGUAUUUUGACAUCAUGGUUCUUAUAUGGAAAGUUUUUGUGAGCUAUGUAAUCCCUCUGGUCAGUAUUAUGAAAUCAUUUAUCAGAGGUAAUAAAUAAGGAACCAGUAAUAUGCUAAUGGUUCAUGAAUUACUGGACAACAGCAGGCAACAGGAAGUCCCUUUAUGAUAAACAGCCACUCAAGGGUUGAUGGUUCCAGGCAAAGUGGGUAGAACAGCAUUUCAAUGGGUAAUCUAUGUGGUUUGCCAGGAAUUCAGCCCUUCUCAGUAGUUACACACAGGUAAGUCUGACUUUUCAACUGACUGGAAUAGAUAAUAGGUCUCAUUUAGUCCUCAAUCAGAUACUACUAUGAAAAAAGUUAAUGUGAGCCUUUCUGACAACAGAAAGAGAAAAGAUUAUAUUCUAGCAUACUUCAUUCAAUAAUCCUAUCAGGGGACAAAAUGUCCAGUUAAAAUUCAAACAAAUCACCUAUUAUAAUACUCACAAAUGUGAAAAAAGGUUUCUGGGGCUAUUUUAGACAAUCUCUGGUAGUCUUUUUAAAACUCCCAACCCCUAUAAUCGGUUGUCAAUAUCCUUAUUUACUAUCUUGAUAGCUGCCUGUGAAUCUAAAGUUCUCUUCUUUCCUAUAGUUGUGGAAAUCCAAAUCAAUUUUAUGUGAUUUUUGUAAAGUUUAGAACCAGUGCUGAGUAUAUGUGGAGGGUUUAUAUUUCUAUGUGAUACACUAUUAUUAAUGCAUGUGGUUCCAUGCUUGUCUUUGAAUCUAUAAAUAGUGCUAAAUUGCAAAGUCAUAUGGAGCUUUUGACUUAGUUUGACUUCUUACUGCUGCUUUGUUUACUAUAUUCAAACCCAGAGGCAUUCCAAAGCUGGGAAGAUAAAAAUUGACUUUCCAAAAUAUCCACAUCCUAUACAUUUUGCUUGGCAAGAGUUCACAGUAUCUUUCAAAAUUUAUUUUAAUAUCUUUUAUUUGCAAGUUAGUAAUACACAUGGAUCUGAAAUUUUAAGAAGAGAAGGAAAGGGCAGGAAACUAAGGCUUUGAUUUUGAUAGUAAUCAUUGGUUGCCUAUUAGCCAACUAUCCCCUUGCUAGUUAGUCACUUUGCAGCACAUAUGAUCCCUUAGAGUGGCAUUGUUCUCCCCUUAUUGAAUGCUAGAUUAGAAAACUAACAUUUGAUAAGGUAUAACUUUUAGAAAUUUACAAAUAAGUGGUCAGUUUAGGUUUGCACUUAUGUUUGUCUGUUGCCAAUGAUCUUUCUACUGCACAUGUCAUAAAAUUAAAGCCAACUGCAGAGCUGGAAGGAAACAUUUAGAGAUGGACUUGUUCGGCCUCCUUAUUUUAGAGAAGAAAACUGCAUCCCAGAAAGAAAAAUUGCCCUUCUCAGGAUUACUCAAAUGGGUAAUGACACUGAUGUGAGUAGAAUACAGAAAGUAUUCUUCUUUUUAAAGAAAUUUGAUUAUAACUAAUUUCAGGGGUAUACUUCCCAUAAGAUGUUUUUCUGAUUCAUGCUGACACUUUUUUUGUUUUGUGCUACUUAUUUAGUUUAAUUGCAUUUUGUUAAUUAAAAUAAGAACAUAAAGUUUUUUUAACUUAUUUGCGGAAAGUGUGAAAUUGUCAAAUUUACCUUUUAUCAGUUAUAAGCAUCCUAUCCGAACAUAUUGUUAUCACAAAUUCCUAGAAAUAUUUUCCCAAUAAAUAACAGACAUUGAGAUCUUACUCAGGCAAUACUCCCAGUACUGCUAAGACUAAGGUAUAGAGACCCUACACUUAGCCUUACUUGGAUAUGACGGCAAUGAACCAUUUUUGAAGAUGAAUGAUGCUGCAAUUUCUCUUCAGAAAACCAAUAAUGGGUAAAGAAAUGUAACUGCUGGGCAGCAAAGCUUCUGAGUGAAACCUAUAGUAGUAGAGUGAAAAAAAUGUAGUCAAGUGAAAACAGGAAAGGAUCUAUGAUGUAUGGUGUCUUAAUAGGCCCUAAAUUGUUCUUUAAUUGCAAGAGUGGCAGUCUCUGAAGUCAUUUGUGAGCUUGUAUGACUUUUGUAUUUAGUGAUGUUGCAUGCUCACAUAUUGAUAUUAAAAGUAACACAUUUUUCUGAAAUCUA